AUGCUCACAGGUUUGGCCGAUAUUCUUCGUGGCGCUGGUCUCAAUGUGGUCGAGGUUGCCGGUUGGAGGACUCGUGGUCAUGGUGUUAUGGCUUCUGUAAAAGGUAUCAUUGUUCAUCACACGGCAGGUCCAAAGACAGGUGACUAUCCGUCGUUGGCGACCGUUCGCGACGGUACACCUAGUCUUGCUGGUCCAGUCUCACAACUUGGAUUAGGCCGAUCGGGAACUUGGUUUGUCAUUGCAGCAGGUCGUGCCUACCAUGCCGGCAACACCAUCGAUGACUCCAUCUAUGGAAAUUCUAAUGCAAUCGGUAUCGAGGCCGAAGGAGUUGGUUUGCCAGCUACCGAUAGUGGACAUGCACACUGGCCGGAAGUACAAUACCAGAGUUAUGUGAAAGGUGUUAAAGCUCUUCAGAAGGCUUACGGUGUGCCUACGGCUCGCGUGUUGGGACAUAAGGAGGCGGCAGUACCAAAAGGUCGCAAAAUUGAUCCCAACUUCUCUAUGGCUGAGUUUCGCGCUAAGCUCGGCUAA